CACUAUAUAACUCUUGUUCUACGCUCACACUUUCCACUCCUCUCUCUCUCUCUAAAAUCCUCUCUCUCUUUCUCUCUCCUCUUUCAUUUCAGUGUGUUUUCUGUUUCGCAUUCUUUGUGCAGAAAAAAAUGGUGAACCAAUCAGCAAUUCGUACCGUUGUUGGUAUCAUAGGGAAUGUUAUCUCGUUUGGACUGUUCUUCUCACCAGCUCCAACUUUCUAUAAGAUUAUCAAGAAGAAGGAUGUGGAGGAGUUCAAGCCUGAUCCAUACUUGGCAACAUUGUUGAAUUGUGCAUUUUGGGUAUUCUAUGGAAUGCCUUUUGUGCACCCAAACAGCCUUUUGGUAGUCACUAUCAAUGGUGUUGGACUUGUUUUUGAGGUUGUCUAUCUUACCAUCUUUUUUAUCUAUGCCAACAAGAAAGGAAGGAAGAAGCUGCUGCUUUAUCUUCUCAUAGAGGCUGCUUUUUUUGCUAUCAUUGUUCUGAUAACAAUGUUGGCAUUACAUGGCACUACCAAGAGGUCUUUAAUUGUUGGGAUUAUUUGUGAUAUCUUCAACAUAUUGAUGUAUGCUUCUCCUCUUACGAUCAUGGCAACGGUUAUAAGAACCAAGAGUGUGAAAUACAUGCCAUUCUGGCUCUCUCUUACCAACUUCCUCAAUGGACUUUGCUGGACAACAUAUGCUCUGCUCCACCCCUUUGACAUUUAUGUUCUGAUCAGUAAUGGUAUUGGAGUAAUCUCUGGAACUAUUCAGCUCAUACUAUAUGGCUAUUACUGGUGCAGGGGAGAUAAUCAGAUUGGUGAUGAUAAGAAUGAUGCUCCAGCUGUGACUGUAGUCUGAUCUGAUUAUGGCACUUCUUUUUUCUUUUUUCAAAUUAGCAUGACAUUACAAAUUUUAUUAGAGGAUUUAUCUAGGUGAUUUUUUUACAAAUUAGGAUGACAUUACAAAUUUUAUUGCGAAGAAUUUGCUAUUUUUUACUUUUCCAGUUUCAUUGAAUUUAUACUCUCAUAUUCCAAGGUUUUAUUGAGAAGAAUUGGCUA